AAGCAGACAAAAUGACCCCAACAAUACAGUUACUCAAAUGGACUACUCUUUGACUACUCAUUCUUCAACUGCUCUUACAACACAAUCACAACAAAGUGGGCAAAACACCAUAUCCCCAGAAACAACAAACUGA